AAAUAUCGCCCCACUGCCUCCGGUCGCAAUUCGCACCACAGCCGCCGCCUCCCAGAGAAAGCCGUCGAGUUUAGGAGAAAGUCGGAGGGGAAGAGAAGGAUGGGCUUCGAGAAGGAGAUCCUGAGAGACGGCACCGGCCCCAAGCCAACAAAGGGCCAGAAGGUCACCGUCCACUGCACCGGCUACGGGAAGGAUCGUGAUCUAUCCAAGAAGUUUUGGAGCACCAAGGACCCAGGGCAGCAGCCAUUCAGUUUCAACAUUGGUUUGGGUUCAGUGAUCAAAGGCUGGGAUGAGGGAGUUAUGACCAUGCAAGUGGGUGAAGUUGCUCGUAUCCAGUGCACCCCGGACUAUGCUUAUGGAGCCAAUGGAUUUUCAGCCUGGGGAAUUCAACCGAACUCGGUGCUGGUGUUCGAGAUUGAAGUCAUCAGUGCCCAGUAAUUCGCAGUGCAAUUCUGGAUGGAGCUAUGGAGCAUUGGCCAUGCCUUAAGUACUGAAAUAAUUCCGUUGUCACCUCAUGCUACACAGCAGACUGGUGUCCUUAGUGAAUCCUGUGAAACUUUUAACACUUCGUGGCCGUGAUAUAUUGAGUUUAUGGUGUUUCUUGUGGUACAACUCUUGGUCAAGUUCUCGUCGCUGACAGUAAACCGUUUACUUUCGAUGC